AUGCUGGAGGGAUCAACGUGCUGUGUGGCCACCAGAUCUCUUCUGAACACCUGCCUUCCCCUCUCCUGGAUUUACCACCGUCUCCGAGGGAGAUGUGGCCGCCGGAACAGGGGCUACAACAGUGAGAUCUCCUCACACCACACAGGAUGCUCCAGUAGCAGCAGGGACCUCUUGAGCCUCCAUGGACGAGGCUCCUUCUUCUGUGGUGGAGACGGCUCAGUCAUCUACAGCCGGGGAGCUCCCUCCUGCCCGCCCAUGCCAACAUCACCCACCUACAGCAUUGCAGGGGGGUACAGGGGUGGCGGUGAGGGAUCUGUUGUAAUAACUGGCGGUGACAGCGAGGGGACAUCUGGCUGGGGCACUGCAGGGGGGUCAGUCUCAGUCUACGGCACCGGGAGGGCAAUAGGGUGCAGCAGUGAGGACUCAGGCUACAGCAUCGCUGGCAGCUCAGGGGGUGGUGGAGGAUCCGGCUGCCACAGUGGGAAUUUGGGCAUGACAGUGGGAGGAAGCUCUGGAUAUGGGUAUGAUGUGUCACCAAGAGAAAGGGUCUUAACAAUAGGUGGGGGCAAUGGUGGGUCAGGGUACUAUAGUGGAGGAUUGGGCUAUGGCUAUGGCAUCGGGGGAUACUCAGACCCAGAAUUCAGCUCUGGUGCUGGUGGGUUCUCCCAGGCCAUGCAGCAGAAAUGCCCCGUGGUCGUUCCCAACAUCGAGGUCCAACAGAGCAAGCAGAGCAGCCACUGGCCCCCCAGCCAGAAAAAGUGA